AUGGAUAAUUACAUUUUCCAUUCCUUUGUUGUUUUCUCUUCUGUCGCCCAAACUGCUUCUCUCUCUUUCUUUUAUUCUCUAUUUUCUCUGUCGCUUUUUAUUCUCACCCUUUCGUCCUUUCUUUCUUUUUUCUUUCUCUUUUUCAUUAUUUCUUUCUCCUUAUCUCCUUCUUUCUCUCUCUCUCUCUCUUUCGCUUUCUUUUUAUGUGUCCAUUUUUCUUACUCUUUCUUUCAUGCUUUUUUCCUCCAUUUUCUUUCUCUCUUCCUCGCUAUUAUUUCUUUCUUUCUUUGUUUUCUCUGUCACUUUUUUGUUCGCCCUUUCUUUUUUUUAACCUUUUCGUUCUUUCUUUCUUUCUCCUUUUCAUUUUUCUUUUUCGUUUCUUUCUUUCUUUCUCCUUGUUUUCUUUCUUUUUCUUUCUCCCUUUCUUUCUUUCUUUCUUUCUUUCAUCCUUUCUUUCUCGCUUUCUCUAACUUUCUCAAUUUUCUUUCUUUUCAUUUCUUUUUCUUUAUUUUUUUCUCUUUUUUCACUAUAUAUUCAUCUCUCUUUCUCUCUCUGUCUUUUUCUCAUCCUUUCUUUCCUUUUUUCUCACUCUUUCUUCCUUCCUUUCUCUCUCUUUCUUUUUCUCCUUUUUUCUUUUUCUUUUUCUUUGUCUUUCUUCCUCUUUCUUUCUCUUUCCUCUUUCUUCCUCUCUCUUUCUCUUUCCUCUUUCUCCCUUUCUUUUUCUUGCCUUUUCUUUCUCUCUUCUCCUUCCUUCCUUUCUUUCUUUUCGCUCUCUUUAUUUCUCACUUCAUUUCUUUCUUUAUCUUCAUUUCAUUUUCCUUUCUCUCUUUUCUCUUUCUCCCUUUCUUGUUCUUACCCUUUCUUUUUCCUUUUCUUUCUUUUCUCUCUUUUUGCUCCCUUUCUUUCUCUUUCAACAUUCAUCUGACCAAAUCUGACCUACCUAUCUAUCCAUCUAUCUCAAUCUGUUCAUAUCUAUCUAAGUCUGUUCAUAUCUAUCUAUCUAUCUAUCUAUCUAUCUAUCUAUCUAUCUAUCUAAGUCUGUUCAUAUCUAUCUAUCUAUCUAUCUAUCUCAGUCUGUUCAUAUCUAUCUAUCUAUCUAUCUAUCUAUCUAUCUAUCUAAGUCUGUUCAUAUCUAUCUAUCUAUCUAUCUAUCUAUCUAUCUAUCUAUCUAUCUAUCUAUCUAAGUCUGUUCAUAUCUAUCUAUCUAUCUCAAUCCUCUGUUCAUAUCUAUCUAUCUAUCUAUCUAUCUAUCUAUCUAUCUAUCUAUCUAUCUAUCUAUCUAUCUCAGUCUGUUCAUAUCUAUCUAUCUAUCUCAUCUGUUCAUAUCCAUCUAUCUAUCUAUCUAUCUAUCUAUCUAUCUAUCUAUCUAAGUCUGUUCAUAUCUAUCUAUCUAUCUAUCUAAGUCUGUUCAUAUCUAUCUAUCUAUCUAUCUCAGUCUGUUCAUAUCUAUCUAUCUAUCUAUCUAUCUAUCUAUCUAUCUAUCUAUCUCAGUCUGUUCAUAUCUAUCUAUCUAUCUAUCUAUCUAUCUCAGUCUGUUCAUAUCUAUCUAUCUAUCUAUCUAUCUAUCUAUCUAUCUCAGUCUGUUCAUAUCUAUCUAUCUAUCUAUCUAUCUAUCUAUCUAUCUAUCUAUCUCAGUCUGUUCAUAUCUAUCUAUCUAUCUAUCUAUCUCAGUCUGUUCAUAUCUAUCUAUCUAUCUAUCUAUCUAUCUAUCUAUCUAUCUAUCUAUCUCAGUCUGUUCAUAUCAUCUAUCUAUCUAUCUAUCUAUCUCAGUCUGUUCAUAUCUAUCUAUCUAUCUAUCUAUCUAUCUAUCUAUCUAUCUAUCUCAGUCUGUUCAUAUCUAUCUAUCUAUCUAUCUAUCUAUCUAUCUAUCUAUCUAUCUAUCUAUCUAUCUAUGUCUAG